AAAACCAUUCUCUCAAUAUUUUUUCAUUCUUUAGCUUCUUCUUUUUCAAACAUUAAUCUACGUGCAAACAGAAGAAGAACUAUUUAACAUUUGGCACUCAAUCACAAACAGAACAAUAUAAUCUACUUGAAGAAGAGGAAGAAGAAGUUAAAUUUGCUGUUGUUGUUUCUUUAACAGAAACAAUAAUGGAGGGAACUGAUAUAUACAGAGCGAGUAAUAGUUUAAGAAGAAGCUCAUCGGUGUGGAGGAACAGCGGAGUUGAAGUGUUCUCUCGGUCCUCUCGUGAAGAGAAUGAUGAAGAAGCUCUCAAGUGGGCUGCGCUUGAAAAACUUCCAACCUACAACCGCCUCAGGAAAGGUUUGUUAACGGCCUCACAAGGCCCCGCCAGCGAAGUCGACGUCACCGAUCUCGGUUACCAAGAGAGGCAGAAGCUUCUAGAGAGGCUGGUCAAGGUUGCCGAAGAGGACAACGAGAAGUUCCUCAGGAAACUCAAGCAGCGUAUCGAUAGGGUUGGCCUAGAGAUUCCCACCGUUGAAGUUCGUUAUGAACAUCUCAACAUCGAUGCUGAGGCCUUUGUUGGAAGCAGAGCUUUGCCUUCUUUCAUCAACUCUGUUUUCAACGUUGUUGAGGGAUUCUUGAACAUUAUUCAUGUUCUCCCAAGCAAAAAGAAACACGUUACUAUUCUCAAGAAUGUUAGCGGAAUUGUGAAGCCUCAAAGGAUGACACUGCUUCUAGGUCCUCCAGGUUCUGGAAAGACCACACUGCUUCUAGCCUUGUCUGGCAAGCUUGAUAAGGGUCUUCAGGUAUCUGGAAAAGUGACUUACAAUGGACAUGAAAUGAAUGAGUUUGUGCCUCAAAGAACUGCUGCUUACAUCAGCCAGCAUGAUGUUCAUAUUGGAGAGAUGACUGUCAGGGAAACCUUGGCUUUCUCUGCAAGGGUUCAAGGAGUUGGAUCUCGUUAUGAUAUGUUAUCUGAGUUGGCUAGAAGAGAGAAAGCAGCAAACAUCAAGCCUGACCCUGAUAUUGAUGUUUACAUGAAGGCGGUUUCCACUGCAGGCCAGGAAUCAAGCAUAGCAACUGAUUACACACUCAAGAUCUUGGGACUGGAUAUAUGUGCUGAUACUAUGGUAGGGGAUGAAAUGCUGCGUGGAAUCUCCGGUGGACAAAGGAAGCGUGUUACCACCGGAGAAAUGUUGGUUGGACCAACAAAUGCUCUGUUCAUGGAUGAAAUAUCAACAGGGUUGGACAGUUCCACAACUUUCCAGAUUGUGAGCUCUCUGAGGCAGUAUGUUCACAUUAUGAAUGGAACGGCGGUUAUAUCUUUGCUGCAGCCAGCACCAGAGACUUAUGAACUGUUUGAUGACAUCAUCUUGAUCUCCGAUGGGCAAGUUGUGUACCAUGGAGCCCGCGAAUACGUGCUGGACUUCUUUGAGUCCAUGGGAUUCAGGUGUCCAGAGAGGAAAGGUGUUGCUGACUUCCUUCAAGAAGUGACUUCAAAGAAGGAUCAAGCACAGUAUUGGUCUCGCAGGGAUGAGCCUUAUCGAUUCGUGACGGUUACUCAGUUUGCUGAAGCCUUUCAGUCAUUCCACGUUGGAAGGAAACUUAAUGAAGAGAUUGCAGUUCCAUUUGACAAGUCUAAGAGCCAUCCAGCUGCAUUAACCACUAAGAAGUAUGGUCUCAACAAGAAGGAACUCUUGAAGGCUAACUUCGCAAGAGAGUAUCUUCUUAUGAAGAGGAACUCUUUUGUUUAUGUCUUCAAGCUUGUUCAGCUAACCAUCAUGGCAUUGAUAGCAAUGACACUGUUUUUUAGAACUAAGAUGCAUCACCGAAACCAGGAUGAUGCUGGUGUUUAUGCCGGUGCCCUAUUUUUCACAUUGAUCACAAUCAUGUUCAAUGGAAUGGCUGAAAUUUCCAUGUCCAUUGCUAAGCUUCCUGUUUUCUACAAGCAAAGGGAUCUUCUGUUUUAUCCCUCAUGGGCAUAUGCUAUUCCUUCAUGGAUUCUCAAGAUUCCUGUCACAAUUGUGGAAGUUGCAGUUUGGGUUUUCCUCACCUAUUAUGUCAUUGGAUUUGAUCCUAAUGUCGGCAGGCUUUUCAAGCAGUAUCUUUUGCUGUUAUUCGUCCACCAAAUGGCUUCUGCAUUAUUCCGUUCUAUUGCAGCACUUGGUAGAAACAUGAUUGUUGCCAACACAUUUGGUUCCUUUGCAAUUCUUGCGUUUCUUUCAUUGGGUGGCUUCCUUCUGUCAAGAAAGAAUAUCAAGGAUUGGUGGAUUUGGGGUUACUGGUGUUCACCUUUGAUGUAUGGACAAACUGGUCUAAUGGUCAAUGAAUUUCGUGGCCACAAUUGGAAUAAAAGCUCCAACCCCAACUUUGGAGUUACUUUUCUCGAGAGUCGUGGAUUCUUCACAGACUCAUAUUGGUAUUGGUUAAGCCUUGGAGCCUUGGUUGGAUAUGUGUUCCUUUUCAAUGGAGUGUUUGCGGCUGCUCUUAGUAUCCUUGGCCCAUUUGAUAAGCCACAGCCUACAAUAACUGAAGAAUCUGAAGAUGAUGCACAAGAGGUUGAAUUGCCACGCAUAGAAAAUUCAAGAUCAGCAGAAGAUGCUGUUGUGGAGUCAAGCCAUGGAAAGAAAAAGGGAAUGGUUCUUCCCUUUGAACCAUAUGCUAUCACCUUUGAUGAAGUCGUAUACUCUGUUGACAUGCCACAGGAAAUGAAAGAACAAGGUGUACAAGAGGACAAGUUGGUGCUUCUGAAGGGUGUUAGUGGUGCAUUCAGGCCUGGUGUUCUCACUGCUCUUAUGGGUGUAAGUGGAGCCGGUAAAACUACCUUGAUGGAUGUUCUUGCUGGUAGAAAAACUGGUGGAUAUAUUGAAGGAAGCAUAAAAGUUUCUGGAUACCCUAAGAAGCAAGAAACAUUUGCUCGAGUCUCGGGUUACUGUGAACAGAAUGAUAUCCAUUCACCUCAUGUUACAGUCUAUGAGUCCUUGCUCUACUCUGCAUGGCUCCGUUUAUCUUCAAGUGUUGAUUCCAAAACUAGAAAGAUGUUCAUUGAGGAAGUCAUGGAUCUUGUGGAGCUAACCUCAUUGAGGAACUCACUAGUUGGUUUGCCUGGUGUGAGUGGUCUCUCAACCGAACAGCGCAAGAGGCUAACUAUUGCAGUCGAAUUGGUGGCUAAUCCCUCCAUAAUUUUCAUGGAUGAGCCGACUUCUGGGUUAGAUGCAAGAGCUGCUGCAAUUGUUAUGAGAACUGUCAGGAACACAGUGGACACAGGAAGAACUGUUGUGUGCACCAUUCAUCAACCUAGCAUUGACAUAUUUGAAGCUUUUGAUGAGUUAUUCCUAAUGAAGCGCGGUGGACAAGAAAUCUAUGUUGGGCCACUUGGUCAUCAUUCUAGUCAUUUGAUCAAGUAUUUUGAGAGCAUUGAAGGAGUGAGUAAAAUCACGGACGGAUAUAACCCAGCAACUUGGAUGUUGGAAGUUACAACAACAGCACAAGAACUCAAUUUGGGUGUUGAUUUUACAGAUUUAUACAAAAACUCUGAUCUAUAUAGGAGAAACAAGCAACUUAUACAAGAGCUGGGACAGCCUGCUCCUGGUUCAAAGGAUCUUCAUUUCCCAACUCAAUUCUCUCAGUCAUUCUUGGUCCAAUGCCAAGCUUGCUUAUGGAAACAGCGUAUAUCUUAUUGGCGCAAUCCACCAUAUACUUCCGUGAGGUUCUUCUUCACUACUUUCAUAGCUUUGAUGAUUGGAUCAAUGUUCUGGGGCCUUGGAGACAAAACCAAGAAACGGCAAGACUUGUUCAACGCAGUUGGUUCAAUGUAUAGUGCGGUUCUGUUCCUUGGAAUACAGAAUGCUUCAUCGGUGCAGCCAGUGGUAGCCGUUGAAAGAACAGUGUUCUAUAGAGAAAAAGCUGCUGGAAUGUACUCUGCCUUACCCUAUGCAUUUGCACAGAUACUAGUUGAAAUACCUUACCUCUUCACGCAAUCCGUGACCUAUGGCCUCAUAAUUUACGCCAUGCUCCAAUUUGACUGGACAGCUGCGAAGUUCUUCUGGUAUCUAUACUUCAUGUUCUUCACAUUGUGCUACUUCACCUUCUAUGGAAUGAUGGCUGUUGCUGUCACACCAAACCACCAUGUUGCUGCCAUUGUGGCUGCCGCAUUCUAUGCAAUUUGGAACCUCUUUUCAGGAUUUGUCGUCCCAAGACCUAGCAUACCUAUAUGGUGGAGGUGGUACUAUUGGGGUUGCCCAGUUGCAUGGUCCCUUUAUGGAUUGAUUGGAUCACAGUUUGGAGAUAUAACUACUCCUAUGUAUGAUGAAGGCGGCAAGAAUGUUGGGCAGUUCAUACACAGUUAUUUUGGAAUCAAGCAUGACUUCAUAGGAUAUGCUGCUGUUGUGGUUGCUGGAAUUGCUGUGCUUUUUGCAUUUAUCUUUGCUUCUGCAAUCAAGGCCUUUAACUUCCAAAAGAGAUAGAGACACUUGAAGAAUUCUUUAUUAUUUUUUCUUUUCCCUUUUCUUUUUUUUUUUCCCUUUCAAUUUCAGUUGACACUUGUUAUAUUUGUAUCUAUGGUAGUUUAUCCAACUUUGCUUUUAGGAGCAAUUAUUAUUUUCCACCUUCUUGUGCAAAUUCGGAGAUGUUUUCAUAAAUGUACAAGCAUAUGAAUAAGAUUUUGGUUCUGUAUUAUCAGUUUAACUUUAUAAAUGAAAGAUAUAGUGUGUUCUGAUGAAUAA